GGGGCCGCGCCGUCCGCCGCGGCUCUGGCCGCCGCGCCUAUGGCCCAGCGGGCGCCCCGGGGCCAGGGGCAGGACGAGGAGGAGGGAGCCGAGGAGGAGGCGGUGAGGGGCAGCCAGGCGAGGGCCAGGAGCCAUGUGGAGCCCGCGGCGAGCGGCGGCAGGAGCCAGGAGCGGCAUGAGAGGAAGCGGAAGAGGCAGGAGGCGCAGCAGCUGCAGAAGAUCCAGCACCUGGAGUCUUUCUAUGAGAAACCUCCCCCUGGGCUAAUUAAGGAGAAUGAAACAAAACCAGAAGACUGCAUACCUGAUGUACCAGGCAAUGAAAGUGCACGAGAAUUCCUGGCACAUGCCCCAACAAAAGGGCUUUGGAUGCCUUUGGGAAAAGAAGUCAAAGUUAUGCAGUGUUGGAGAUGUAAACGUUAUGGACACAGAACAGGAGAUAAGGAAUGCCCAUUCUUUAUUAAAGGCAAUCAGAAAUUGGAACAAUUUAGAGUAGCACAUGAAGAUCCAAUGUAUGAUAUAAUAAGGGAAAAUAAGCGUCAUGAAAAAGAAAAGAGGAUACAGCAACUGAAGCAGCUCCUGGAGGACUCUACCUCAGAAUCUGAUAGCAGUGAUGACAGUGAUGAGGAUGAUGAAGAUGGCAGCAGCUCCACUUCCUCAGACCAUAAACACAAGAAAAAAAAGAGAAAAAAGGAAAAGAAAAAGAAAGAAAAGAAGAAGAAGAAAAAGAGGAAGCGUAAAUUAUCCAAAUCAAAUGACAAGUCAGAGUCUGACUGACAGCAGUCACCUGCUGCAUGCUCAUUGACCUCUCUACUUGUGAACUGCGAAGAAAGAUCCAAAGAAUGAGGAGGAAAACACCAGAAAGGGCUUUAUUAAACUUGGAACAUACAUGUGUAUGCAUACAGCUUCCUACACUGGCAUCCACUUCUGCCCCUCUGCAGCCAGAAAGAAGAAAGCUGCUUUAAACCAUAUCUUUGUGCUGUAAAACCCAUGCUGAGACUCAUCCAGCUUGGUCAGAUGGGGCCUCUGCAUUGCUGCCUGUGACCAGCAGCAGAAAGCAGCAACCACCAAGGGAUUACUGACAAACCUGUAGCAGACUGUCUGUUGAAGUGUCUUUACUCCAUGAAGUUACUUUGUUAUACAAAGCCUCAUUGUAACAGGACUGCACAUUGCACCAUGCAGAGCACUGAGGGUUCCCUUACAGUGCUUGUACUGUAUUUUCUUCUGCGCAUACUUGCUGAAGUUCUGUGUACUUAUCCUAAUAUUGGCAGCUAGGGAAAUAAAGAGUUCUGCUGCAGGGGAAAAAAGGUAAUCAAGGGGAUUUACUUCGAGACAAAAUUGCAGCAUCAAGAAGACUUGAGUUUUUGUUGUUUUUUUUUUUUGGUGUGUGUGUAAUAAAAUCUCAGUAUCACCAUCAUUAAUGCACAGUUCUGAAACACCUAAAGUGAAACAUCUACAGCAUCUAAACCAUAGAAGUGGGAGCCAAGUGUAAUGAUGUUAAAUAUUCAACUUAACUGUAAAGAGGUAGUAGGUUUAGUUAUUUUAAAAGGGGGGUUCAUUGUAAGAAAUUAAAAAGAUGAUUUUUUGCAUAUUCUGCAGUAUCAGUUGUUUUGAUACAAGUUGAGGGAGAUAUGAUACAGCUCUAAUACUGCAGAGUGGACAUUAACAGCAAAUUCAAGGAACCAUAGACUACAAUGCAGCUAUUUUUUUAUUUUCUUCAAAGCUUUGGAAGAGAGGACAAGGGAAUGUAUAAAUUAAAAUGUUUUUUUCUCCCUCC